CUCCCUACAUCCUCACCUCCAUCCACACGUCGAGGGACUUGAAAAGCUUCAAUAAAGAUGCUCAACAUCUCGGGUCGCUGGAGCCUCGUCACCGGGUGAAACUGAGUUAUCUGGACGCACGCACACCGAGGAGACGUGUACAUUUACCCGAAAGCCUCGCUGUUAUCCUGGUUUCUGCGCGCGGCCACUCCACCGACAUGGAAAUGAAGAAAUCUAUUUCGGACACCGAGCGCGCGCUCAGGAGCUACGGCGCCGUGUCGGAAACGGCAUGGACAACGGACAAAGAUGCUGACAUUUCCCUGUUUGGUGAGCCCCAGGUGUCUGCUGCACCACCUACAAUCCAGGCUCUCCAGGCUGUUUAUUCCUCAUUAAAUCAUAAUCCCAAAUUCCGUGAUAUAAACUUUGAUUUUGGCGUCAGCGUCUUCUGUCAGCAGACACGUUGGGUGAUGAUUCAGUAUCGGGAAGGCACAAACAAACCAGGGCCCUCCUGUGCAGACUUCUGUCUGCUGUGGAUGGAUGACAUUCAGCUCUGCAAAGACAUCAUGAGCUUAAAGCAGGAGCUGAGACAGAUUGUCGCAGUACCAGAGAAAGAAAAAACUAAGAAGCACAGGCAGCGGGAAGAGGAGCUGAUCCUGAAGAUCCAUAAGCUGGUGCAGAAGAGGGAUUUCCUGGUUGACGAUGCUGAGGUGGAGAGAUUAAGGGAGCGAGAGGAAGACAAGGAGAUGGCAGAGUUCCUCAGACUGAAGCUGAUGCCUCUGGAGAAGAAGCUCAAGGUCACACAAAGUCCGCCAAAGCCCAAGAGACAAAUCCCGGAGCCGCCUCCCAACAAACCAUCCAUCACCAAGUCAGGAGUGGCCAUCAUUAAGGAUUGCUGUGGAGCCACCCAAUGUGCCGUCAUGUAA